AUAUGUUGUAUUUUUAUCUUCCCACAAGCAAGGCAGUUCAUUAGCAAGUUUCUAUGAUAGCCCAGUUGUCAAAUUAUGGAGGCUACAAUGCGAAGAGAUAAUUGGAAAAAAGGUGAUGAUAGCCAGAAAUGUUGAAUUAGUAUCUAAUUAGAGUAUCAGUGGUAUGAAAUGGCAAAAUUGUAGCCUAACUGAAAUUAGCACUAUUUUCCUUUUGAAAUUAAUUUGGAUAAAGUUAUGAGUCCUCAAAUGAUUCUGAAUUAGUCUUUACUAUCAGAUAAUAAUACAAGUGCUUAUUAUAUAAGUGCACGGAAGUCAAAAAGGUGUGAAAAGUAUAAUUGUUAAGUAACUCUAAACCUGAAGUCAAAGUUUAUAUAUGCGAUUUAAAAGAAAAAUAAUUGUAACCCAAACGUGGGGUGUGCAAAACAAAAGCUUGAAGUUUGUGUGCUGCAUAAAUGAUGAGCGAAAUCGGAGUUGUUGAGAUGUCCAUAAUGAAGGUAAAUCUCUUUGGCUGUGUCCGAAUGCCCAUAAUACGUCCUAAAUAGUAGCCUGUUUGAGUUUGCGAUAAAAUUAAGUUUUAUAAUAUGUGAAUUUUCCAAUAUCGAAUAUGUUUUAAAUGCCAGGCUUUUCAUUUAGUAGGAUUCGCUGCAUACUUUUAGGGAAUUUCACAGCCACAAUGCAUUGGAAGAAUGGGGCUGCAAGUUUUAAUAGCUAGAUCUCUUCAAGUAAACAACAAAACAACUUGGAAGAUUGUGAAUACCGAAGCUUCUGCGGUGGUGCUCAAAUCAACAACACUUUCCCAUCUAUUUCCUAUGCUUCACUGGCACAUUCAUGUGUUGAAAGCUCCCCCCACCGGAGUCAGCACGGAGGGAGGGGAGGCCACAGCCACAUCCUGGAAGUGGUAUGCGGGGAUGGGUGAGGCGCUGCAGGGGCUGCCACUCUAUCACCCCACCGGUCAUCAUAUUCCCAAGUCACAGAGGUCUUGGAUUGACGACACCUUCUGCAAGAGAGAGUGUAUUAAAUUCAUCCCAGCAUGUCGAGACAUACACAGAUGCUGCUGCGGACGUCUGGUAGGGGAGCACACCUGGCUGGAGACUGGCCCCUUCAUGUCCCGCUGGCCUGGGCCGCAGGCAGUGCAAGAAGAGAGGUGGUCAGUGGAGUGUCACACACAAGCCAGUGCCACCGAUGCCUAUGGAACCAUUGACUUCCAGGACAGCGCUGAACGUAACUGCCAUGCCAAGUACGUUCGUGUUGCGGUCGACGCAAAGGCUGAGGCUCUGCUGCAGCUGAUGCUGAGGGAGUGGCAGAUGGAACGGCCUAAACUACUGCUGACGGUCCACGGGGGGGCAGAGAACUUCCCUCUCCCCCUCAAGGUUAGACAGGCCUUCAGCAAAGGCCUGAUCACCGCAGCUCAGAGCACUGGAGCCUGGAUAAUCACAGACGGCAUCAACACAGGUGUGUCCCUGUAUGUAGGGGAGGCUGUGAAAGCACACGGCACCAAUGGCCACCGGAAGAGGAACGCUGUAGGGGUCACGCCCUGGGGCGUAAUUGACAACCACGGUGACCUUAUAGGGAGAGAUGUGCUCAGGCCUUACCAGCCCCUGAGAAGCCCCUUGAGCAAAACGGUGUGUUUGAACAGCCUGCACUCCCACUUCCUGUUAGUGGACGAUGGAACUCUGGGAAAACAUGGCUGCCAGCUGGGACUGAGGAGGAAGCUGGAGAGACACAUUCAACUGCAGAAGAUCCACCCUCGGCUUAACCAGGGUGUGCCAGUGGUAUGUGUGGUGGUGGAGGGCGGCCCUGACAUUGUGUCCAUGGUGCUGGACUAUGUGAGCAGUGUGCCCCCCGUGCCUGUGUUCGUCUUCGAGGGAUCAGGCCGGGCGGCUGACUUGCUGGCAUUCUUACACAAACAGACCGCUAUGGAUAGGCAGCUGGACACAGACAUCAAGGAGGACUUCCUUCUGAGGAUAGGGGGCAUGUUUGGUCUGGAGAGAGCAGACGUCAACCAGCUCUACAACCUUCUGAUGGAGUGUAUGGACUACAAACAGUCUAUCACAAUCUUCGACUCGGAAUCCGAAGAUCAACAGGAGGCAGACUGCGCCAUUUUGAUGGCCACUCUGAAAGGUACCAAGUCAUCUCCAGCGGAGCAGCUCAGUACGGCUCUGGCUUGGGACAGAGCAGACGUGGCUAACAAACACAUCCAGGUGUACGGCCAGUACUGGCAGGUUGGCUCGUUGGAGCAGGCCAUGCUGGAUGCUCUCAUCAUGGACCGGGUUGGCUUUGUCAAACUGUUGAUCGACAACGGUAUGACCAUGAACCACUUCCUGACCGUUUCACGUCUGGAAGAGCUCUAUAACACGCAACAGGGACCAACAGACAAUUUCCUCCAUCACCUUGUGGAAGAUGUGAAACAGAACCAUAUACCCAAAGGAUACAGAGUCUCCCUCAUAGACGUGGGGCAGGUGAUUGAGUAUCUGAUAGGAGGAGCCUAUCGGAGCACAUACACACGGAAACACUUCCGGGCCUACUAUAACCGCUUACAUGCCCACUGCAUGGACACUGGACUGGACAGGAUAGUUCAGGACCCCGGACCAAACAGGGAAGCCUGCACCCUUCACCCACCCCAAAGCCCUAACAACAGUCCGUCAUGCCCACCUGUCUUCCACACUGCUCAGCCCUACAAACGCAAGGAGAGAUCCAUGGUCCCCAGGGACCCGAAGGAAGCCCAGCAGCAGAGCUCCAAGCUAGGCGACUCUUCUCUGGUUGUGUUCAACUUCAACGACCUGUUUGUGUGGGCCGUGCUGCAGAGGCGCCAGCAGAUGGCGCUGUUCCUGUGGCAGCACGGGGAGGAGGCCAUGGUCCGGGCUACGGUGGCUUGUAAGCUGUACCGCGCCAUGGCCCACGAGGCUCAGCAAAGCAACACGGAUGACACCACAGCGGAGCAACUCAAAACCUACUCGCUGGACUUUGGUCAACUGGCUGUAGACGUGCUGGACAAUGCCUUCAGGCAGAACGAGCGCAUGGCCAUGAAGUUGCUGACCUCGGAGAUGGAGGCCUGGAGCCACUUCACCUGCCUGCAGAUGGCCGUGUCCUCCCGGCUCCGCCCCUUCGUCUCCCACUCCUGCACCCAGAUGCUGCUCACCGACCUGUGGACCGGCCGCCUCAACAUGAGGAAGAACUCCUGGUUCAAAAUCAUCCUGAGCAUCCUCAUGCCCCCUGCCAUCCUGCUACUAGACUUUAAGAGCCAGGCGGAUAUGUCCCAUGUGCCCCAGUCCCAGGAGGCUUUGCAGUUUAUUUGGGACACGGGGAGACCAGAGGCAGCCCAGGAGGAGGGGCAUACAGUAACUGAGGAGGGCCAGGAUGUGGAGAAGGGGUCAGCAUGCUGGGAGAGGAUCUCAGACCCCGAAGCUGACUCAGUCAUACCCGUUACCACGCCGUGUCUCUUCUGGACCAGGAGGCUGUACGAGUUCUACAACGCUCCUGUCGUCAAGUUCAUGUUCCACACGAUGUCCUACCUGGCCUUUCUCAUGCUGUUUUCCUACACUGUUCUGGUGAAGAUGGAGGACCGGCCCAGCACUCAGGAGUGGCUGGUCAUUGCCUAUAUUGUAUCUACCGCGGUGGAGAAAAUAAGAGAGGUGUUCAUGUCGGAGCCGAGGAAGCCCAGUCAGAAGCUGAAGGUGUGGUUCGGAGAGUACUGGAACGUGUCUGACUUCCUGGCCAUCCUCCUCUUCCUGGUGGGGCUGGCACUGCGCUGGCACAGCGGGUCCUACCGGACAGCAGGGCGGAUCACCUACUGCCUGGACAUCAUCUUCUGGUAUGUCCGGAUGCUGGACCUGCUAGCGGUCAACCAGCACGCUGGACACUACCUCACCAUGAUCACCAAGAUGACCAGUAACAUGUUUUACAUUGUGGUCAUGAUGGCCAUCGUGCUGCUGAGUUUCGGGGUGUCCAGGAAGGCCAUCUUGUCUCCAGACGAAGCUCCUUCAUGGACCCUGCUCAGAGAUGUGGUCAACCAGCCGUACUGGAUGAUGUUUGGAGAAGGGUACCCCGAUGAAAUAGACGCCUGUGCAGAAGGCAAGCCGUGUGCCCCCGGGGCUUUCCUCCACCCUUUCCUCCAGGCCGUCUACCUCUUCUUCCAGUACCUCAUCAUGGUCAACGUCCUCCUUGCCCUUCUCAACAAUGUCUACUUUAAAAUGAAGUCCACGUCCAAAAAGCUGUGGAUGUACAACCGUUACCGUUACAUCAUGACCUAUCAGGAGAAGCCGUGGCUGCCCCCGCCCCUCAUCAUCCUGAGUCACAUGACCCUGUGUGUGACUGCCAUUUACCGGAAACACAGAGGCUCGUCCGAGAAGGAGAGGGACUCCUGUGGGCUUAAGCUUUACCUGGGCCGAGAGGAGCUGAAGAGGCUUCAUGAGUUUGAGGAUAGGUGUGUGAUAGCGUAUUUCCACAAGAAAAAACAAGAUGUUCUCUGCAGCCAGAUCCACAGGAUCCGAGCCACUGCAGAAAGGGCUGAGGAGAUGGGUGUAGUUAUUGGUGAGGUGUCUGAAAGGGUCCAUUUCAUCCAGGACAGCCUGCAGGUGCUGGACAGCCAGCUGGGCCAGCUGCAGGUCCUGUCCGCCCUGGCCGUGGACACCCUCACCCUACUGUCAGCCUCUGACAGCCUGCAGCAGAAGGAAGCCCACCUGGGACACUGCCGGCCAAUUGCCCACUCCCAUCACCACUCACCCAACAGCUGUACCCUCCCCCACAUUGACAUCACGCCCUGCCACACACCCAAGGCCUACCGCAGCACCCCACCCUCCCUGCUGUGGGAACACACCUCCCGCAGCCACCGUCCGCCACUGGAGUGGCACCCGGGAACAUGGGGGGACGGUGGCUGUGAGGGGUGGGGGGCUGGCGAGACGAAAGAGGAAGAGGAGGUACAGAGUAUCAUAGUGCAUCACAGUGGCGAGGUAUGGCCGCUUGGUUAUGGCUUUGCCCCCCAUGACUCUCUCCCUCAACUGGGCGGUGCAGGGCUCAGGGACAGGACCCCCUGUGAGUCGUGCGGGCCAUCCCACUGUGGCUCUCCUCUGCACCCCUGGACCUGGGCUGUAGAGGGUUCUCUGGAACCCCCCCACUGCAAACCCUGGGCCUACUGCGACCCUGAGAUGUCCAUGGAGGAGGACGAAGAGGGGGAGGUUGGGCAGCCCUUUGAUGUGGAUGUGUCGAGGGCCUCUAGCCAUGACUUUCUGUUGUUGGACCCCCAGUUCGAGAGAGGCUGUGGGGCCAUGGGUUUGGUGAACCCUUCCUUCUGUAAGGAUGACGACCCUGGGGCAGCUAGCUCCAGACUGGGCCAGUGGGGCAGGAAGUGUCCUCGUCGGUGGACAUGUCUGUCCAGGGACCAGCCGCACAGACACAGCCGCUCUCCUUCCUCUAGCAUGGAGAACAUGGCUCUAUCUAAUCCCUCCCUGAGGCCACUACAAGCCUCUUUCCCUGCCCUCGACUGCCUAUCAGGGGAGCGGAGCUUCACAGCUGACAUACCCCUUGGCUGCAGUAAAAGCAGAGAGUGGUCCAAGUCGUCUGACCUGGCGAUGACCUCAGGGAGCAGAGAGAGGUGUCAGGCCAGGAAGACAGUCAAGAUUUUGGAGGGGAGUUCUUCAGAUGCUGUGAAACAGGUGGACUCUUACCUCUCUGACGUGUGCAGGAAGAGGAGGCGCAGGGGAGGAGAGCCUGUAUGCUGGUCUGCAUCUGCUAGCCUCAACAAGUUCAAUUUUGAACCCCUGGAUUCUUUGCAGAAAGAACAUUUUUCACAUCAGGACUCCAGUCAGUCCGUGUGGACCAGCUGGGCCUGCUCUGUCAGCCGCAGGUCCUCAGUGCAGGGUGGGAUCGCACCUGAAGACCUGGACCCACACUACUCAGCCAUGGAAAAGAACAACCUGAUGAGGCUUGCUCAUACCAUACCCUUCACACCUGUCUCCAUAAUGGCAGGAGAGGAGGUGAGUGUCUACUCCCUGGAGGAGGUGGAAGCUGCAGGUGCGGAGUCCUCCGUAAUCUCCUGGUCGCCCCGGGGGUUGUCUGCAGUGCUGCAGCCGCUGUCCAGCGAGGGCUGUCUAGAUGGGGCGCUGCGCAGGGCCAUGCGCGUGUUGUGUACCUGGGCCGAGGGGGACGUCCUGAGUGUGGGCUGUGUGUACGUGGUCAAAGCCUUCCAGCCCAAGGUGAUCCGCACCUGGCAGAGGGUCUUCCACAGCGACACCCCCCUCCAACUCUGUCUGCGGGAGAUACAGCAACAGCGAGCUGCUCAGAAACUCAUGCAUGUGUUCAACCAAGUCAAACCAGAAAACGUGCCCCUUUCUCCCAGGUUCCUGGAUGUGUCUCUUCUUCACUGUCACUCAGACGGACAGUGGUUGACCAUAGAGAGGAACAUGUUGGGUGACUUCAGGAAGUACAACAAUAACAGCGGAGAGGAGAUCGCCCCCUGCUGUGGAAUGGAGGAAACGCUCCUGGCCUUCUCCCACUGGACCUACCAAUACUCCUGUAGAGAACUACUGGUGCUGGACAUACAGGGAGUGGGGUCGGAGCUUACAGACCCAUCAGUCAUCCGAGCGGACGACAAAAGCUUGACUGGUGACAUGGUGUUUGGUCCUGCUAACCUGGGAGACACUGCCAUCCAGAGCUUUGUCCUCAAACACACCUGCAACUCCUGCUGCAAGAACCUCGGACUCUCAGACCCGAGAUGCACGAUACUAGCAUCUAGAGGGAGCCUCGCCUCGGAAAUUCACUCCAAAACAAACAAAUUUGAAGAGGAGCACAGACAGCUGCGGGGAAACAGAACACAGAUCUUCUGAAGAGGAAAGUGGAGUGAUCGUGACCAGAGUGUAACCUCUGACUUGAAAGCAGAAGUACGCCAUCCUAACCUCUGGUUCAGGUGGGAUGAAGUUGCCAUUAAAGCAUAAAGACACUGAUCAGUUUAGUUUUUAUCUCCCUAAAUGGUUAUGGAUAGGAUUUGGGAAGGCUUACUUGAUCCAGAGGUGUGCUUAAGGGAAACUUCUACCACGAAUAAAAGCACUCACUUGUGGCUUUGAAUGGAUAGUGUACAACUUCAUAUGGACUACCUCUUGUGUUAGAUGGCUGGUAGGGCUUUGGUUUUAAAAAUGGUUAACAUUGCACUAGUCUCAACAGCAAGCCAGAUGCCGUAGUCUUGUUCCACCUAUGGAGUGUAUAGUGGAGGGAGGCCAAGGCGAAUACAUUUUAUGUACAUACACUCCCCUCCGUAUUUAUUUGGACAGUGAAGUGAAAUUUGGCCCUAUACUGGAUUUGAGAUCAAAUGUUUCAUACG